AUGUCUGUACCCCAACCCCAGCCUCCUUCAACCGUUUCCGACCAUGCUUCGGACGCCACAGUUCAUUCUCUAGUACCUACACUGCUUGAUUUCGUGAAUACUGUUCCGCCACCACUUACAGCAGUAUUGACUGGUCUAUCACCAACUGUCACUCCAUUUCGACGUACUCUCGAAAUUCUCAGUUGGCAAGCACCAUGGUCCGAGAGUUGGCUCGUGGUCGCCGCUUGGUGGGGUGUAUGUUUAUUGUCGAAUUUUGGGUUCAGAUAUAUGUUUCCCAUAAUAUUUUUGACAGCCGUGGCUUUCAGUAGAUGGCGAGCCCGAAUAGCUGCAAAACGUCCCACUUCAGAACCCGUAACAGAAGAUAACCUCCAACGGACAAUCUCGGACCUCUCCACCAUUUUCACACUCAUACCUUCCUCCCCAUCCCUCCCAACAGCAGACUUCACACUUCUACUCCGAGCUUCCGCAAUUCUAUAUCUUCCCUACCUCCUCCUCACAUUCUUCGUUCCCUUACGAAUCCUCAUCGGCUUCGCCGGCACCAUCGUCCUCACGUGGCGAGCGCCGUGGGCCACUCUGAUCCGCACCAGCAUCUGGCGAAGCGCCUGGAUCCGGUGGUCAGCCUACCGGCUGUGGUCCUACAUCUCCGGAGCCCCAUUCCCUUCUCCACUGCCCGGGCCACACCUCGUCUCGGGAAGCGCCUCGUCAUUGUCAAUAAACCAGACGCCGGUGAAUACCGUCCGAUUUUUGUUCACGGUAUAUGAGAAUCAGAGGUGGUGGAUGGGAUUGGACUGGACUGCGGCUUUGGUUCCGGGCGAACGACCUUCGUGGUGCUCCGCCACUCAACAGCCCGUCCCACCACCAAGCGCUUUCGCACUUCCACAGCCUACGAUCGCGUAUCUCAAAGAUUCUGACCCGAAGGGCGCCGAGCGCAGGGUCAAGAGGGUAGCGAUGUGGGGAUGGGAAGAGACGGAGUGGAGGGUCGUGGUGAAGAAGGAAGGGGAGGACGAGUCGAAAAGGGUGGAGAGGCCGUUACCGGUUCCGAAGGAGGAUGGGGCGAGAGGAGGAGGGAGUGGCGCGAAGUUGUUCAAGGCGGCAGAGAGAAUGAUGGAGGCUCCGCGGUCAGCAUCGACUGCGUCUUCUUCGAGUGCGGGGACGGGUGGGAAGCCGAGGAGCAGGAGUCCGGUGGCGACGAGAACAGGUUCUACUGCUGGGGAGGAUCAUUCGGAUGGUACGGAUGGAGCUUAUGGAGACUCGGAUGAUAUUACUACGGAUACGGACGGAUGGAUUUAUGGUGACAAUAAAUGGGAGAAUCGUGGUAAUAAAGGCGGAAUGGGCAAGUACACAAGAUACCGACGCUGGACCCGCAUCGCAGUCCUCACGGAACUCGUCGAACCAGUCUCACCAGGACAAACCGGCAUCCUCGUGGAAGACAGCGAACACUCCAUCAGACCCAGUCAGACCAUCGAGUCUGCGCCCUUUGUCGCGUCGCCGACUUCGACCUCGCUCGGGAGGAAAGAUACGGAGGAAACGACGUCGACGUCGGCUGAAGAGAAGACUGGGCUAAGGCAGCGGUUGAAGGCCGCUGUGGCUGGGUCGCAUUGA